AUGGCUGACCGCAGGGCAUUGUGGGAGGCGCGGGAAGCAAGAUGGGGCGUGGAGGAGGACACACGUGACACCAGGAUUCUGAUGGACGGGGACGGCUUGGACAAGAACUUCCAGCCAGUUCUGGACCACAACAAGAAGAGGGGCAAAGAGUUCGCUACCAUGGCGGACCGAGACCCGAACCACAUCAAUGCGCGCCUAAAGGUGGACUUCGAUGACGUCAUCGCCGAGCCACAGUCCGUAAGGAGUUUCGACAAAGUGUGGAUCUUUAGCCACGCCCUCUUCCACCUGGUCAGGUUCCUCUUCUACCGAGUCAUCAGCGUCCUGCUGCCGUGCCGGUGGGCCUUCAUCCUCGGCCUCUUCUUCGCCGUGCUCGGCCUCGUCCACGUCUGGUAG